AUGGACCUAGAGAUCCAGGUGGAUGAAGGGACGAAGCCUCCCCCACCACUAAAGCCGAAGCGUGAUGGGAAGCACUGGAGCGGUCGAGUGCAAGAGACAGUGGUUUCGGCUUUGCCGGAUGAGGGUUUAAACGUCGUACUGAAGGGGGGAGCCGAUAAUGGUCAGUUCGUCUACAUCGGUGAAGUAAGACACGAUAAAGGUUCGAUAUCACAGCGGAAGUUACACCCGGAUGAAGUUAUUCUGGAGAUUCAAGGACAGAAAGUGGCUGGAUAUACCCACAGAGAUGCCACUAUUUUGGCUGCGUCAAGUCAGUCAGAAUGGGCCCCAGUGAUGAUCAAAACCAUCAAACCAGGAUUGAUUACAGUGGACCUGCGGCUUUACCUAAACACAAGAUUCCAGAAGGGUUCCACAGACCAUGAUUUACAACAAACCAUCCGUGAUAAUCUCUACAUGCGAACUGUUCCAUGCACAACACGAUCCCCUCGUCCCGGUGAGAUCAAUGGGGUCGAUUAUACAUUCCUGUCCAUGGAAGAGUUUCUGGAGUUGGAGAAAAAUGGAAGCCUACUGGAAAUGGGCAUAUAUGAUGGUAAUAACUAUGGUACCCCCAAACCCCCAAAAGAACCCCUCAAUAACCAGGUGAGAAGAACAAAUUCUGCUGGAACUCUGGUGCCUGGGGCCCACCCAUCCUCAGAUGGCAAGAGGCGGAGAAACAGAAGCAAUGUGGAGGCAUCAUCAGCAAAGUCAUCACCUGUUCCCUUUGAUGAAGAUUUUCCACCACCACCAACGAGGAAAAAAUCUCUGGAGCGAGCCCACAGUGUGUCAAACCUUGGACCUCUUCCGCCCAACUGGGAACUGGCAUAUACAGAGGAUGGCCAGCCAUACUUUAUUGAUCAUGACACGGAGACCACUCAUUGGUUGGAUCCAAGGUUGGCUACUAUACAGAAAACAGAAGCUGAUGAAUGUGGAGAUGAUGCUGAGGCAGAGCAGAAUGGUGGGAUCUCUAACAAAGGUGGUGUAUUAGAGCUACCAUAUGGCUGGGAGAAAGUGGAGGAUCCCCACUAUGGAACCUAUUAUAUCGAUCAUGUUAAUCGGCGAACUCAGUAUGAGAACCCUGUAACUUCUGCCAAGAAAAGUGAUGACAUGGCGAGCGAUGGUUCAGGUACCUUCCCCCGUUCACGGAAGGCAAGAAGUGAUUCCCCAAAACGUACCCACAGCGAAUCGGACAUGAAUGGCAGAAAAGCGCCUCCAGCCUAUGAAAGCAGAAAGAAGCCAUUUUUCACAAAGAACCCAUCAGAGUUAAACGGGGAAACAGUUCGCACAAACUUGGUGAAAAGUUCCAGAGGAUUAGGGUUUACCAUUGUUGGUGGCAAUGAACCUGAUCAAGAUUUUUUACAGAUCAAAAAUGUGGUGGAAAAUGGGCCAGCUUAUCUAGAUGGCAGACUCAAAACAGGUGAUGUGCUGGUCUUUGUCAAUGGUCAGUGUGUACUGGGAUACACUCAUCAGGAUGUCAUCGCCAUAUUCCAGGCAAUAACUCCAGGAUCUGAAGUGGAGCUCGAGGUGUGUAGGGGCUAUCCUUUACCCUUUGACCCGGAUGACCCUGAUACUGAAAUUCUCACCACAGUUGCUGUGACAAUGCCCCAUGGGCCUUUGAACGCAGGCUCCCCAAUGUACUCUAGCAAUCGUAGUGGACGCAGCAACUCGGAUAGACUGAAUACUUCGCAGCGUAGCAUGAAAUCAUUACCAGAUCUCACAAGAUCAGCUGCAGGUAUGCAAAUUAGCUCUAGCAUAUCUCAGCCGGAUUUCCAUCGUGACAGCAACCACAACGACAUGGUGGACAAUGGUGACACUCCUGAUGUGCUGGGUCUUAUCAAUGGAAAACCUGAAACUCUUAGUGUUAACAUUGUUAGGGGUUCAAUGGGAUUUGGUUUCACGAUAGCAGACAGUCCUUAUGGUCAAAAAGUCAAACAGAUCCUUGAUCGUCCACGGUGUAAAAACUUACAGGAAGGAGACAUAUUGUUAGAAGUGAACCAUAACAACGUACGAGAUAUGUCUCAUUCCCUAGUGGCACAAUUUCUAAAGGAAUGCCCAAAGGAAAAAGAAACAACCAUUGUAGUUCAAAGAGGAGGUACUCCAGGAAGAAGCAAGAAACCUUCAAAACCACCAAAGACACCUGAUGAGGUGAGACAGAAGUCAUUAGGAGACACCAGUUUCUCGAGUGCUCCAGGUGCAUAUUUCUUUUCUGGGGCCGAUCGGGAUUCCCAGCAUGGAUCUAACCUUUCAGACAAAUUGGAUGAUAGUAUUGUAAGUAACAGGAGCACUGUGUCUGGUCACAUGGAAAAUACAAGGCAUCAACAUCCACCCCACAUGCCAGCUGUCUCUGAAGAUGCAAGUGAGACCACAACUGAUUCUUCAGUGUUUCGGAGCAAAACACCAACAGACUCCUAUAAUAGCUCCAGACCCAAGACUCCAAAUUCAAUGGAUUCAAGAUCUAAGACCCCAACAUUUACUGAUAAUCGACCAAAGACACCAACACGGUUUGACGGUCAGUUGGUGGACAACAGAUCCAAAGUUCUUUCACCUGGACUUAAUCGUUCUCAACAGAUGGAAAGGUUGGACAAAAUUGCAAGUGAUUUACACCCAUCUCAAAAAGAAUUCUCGCCUCCUCGUGAAAAUGGUGGACCUGGAAUGUUUUUUAAUCGUGAAUCAAAUAAUUCUAGGGUUGAUUUUAGUUCAAAUUCUAGCCAUGUGGACCAUUCAACAAGACCUCCCCCAGGUCCAAGGGGAGACAACAGAUGGGUCGACCACAGUCCACGAGGGGACAAUAGGUACAGACCUGACUUCAGACAGCAUCAGUAUCCUUGGUCAAAUUUUGCUAUGCACAAUUCUGGGGAAAGAAGAGACUUUGAUAGGGAUACAUCAAGCCGCUAUGAUAGAACUGACCACGCCCGACCAGGGCAAUUUCGCAGUCGAACUCCUGGACCUGAAAUGAUGGGGCGGAACACUGGGCCAGAUUACUGGCCAGAAGUUCACCGCCCCAAAACUCCCACAGCCCAUGAUAUGAGGAGUAAAACCCCAAUACCCACUUCAUCGAACUAUGCUCAAAAUUCUAGUGCUAUACCAGAUUUCAUUCCUUCAUCAAGGUAUAAUUCGCAAUUCCACAAUAAUCAUGUGAACGGACCACCUGCAUAUCGGGCAAACUAUAACAGUGGACCUUAUAAUAAUCGACCCUGGGCGCCAGGGGGACAUAACCCAGGACACUCACAUCCAGGGUCGCCCUACUCCUCACCACCAAUGAGGAGGCCUGAUGGAACAUAUGAAAGUCCAACAUAUAUCCAACAUGAACGUUUUGGCAGCCACGUUAACAACUUCCAGGGUGGAGCGCCCAUGGAUCCGUCAAGAGUUUACCAGCAUGGGUCACCUGGUGGCACUGCCCGUCCCUCCAGACAGAGCACUUCCUUUGAGACAGAAGAACCAACACCUAGUAACAUUACCAGAGUUCCUCGAAGGUUUCCUCCAGCGCCAAGUUCAGGAAACCAGUCCCCGCGCAGCUACAGUCGUCUCUCUGAUGAUGACAGAGUGCAAGAAAUGAAUGUUGUUCUGACAAGGCAGGAAAGUGGCUUUGGCUUCAGAAUCAUUGGAGGAACAGAAGAAGGAUCACAGGUGUCCGUGGGCCACAUUGUGCCAGGUGGUGCUGCUGAUUUGGAUGGACGGAUAAGGACGCAUGAUGAGAUCAUCUCUGUAGAUGGCCAGAUAGUUUUAAAUCAGUCACACCGCAAGGUUGUGGAGUUGAUGGGCAAUGCAGCGAUGAAUGGGCGUGUCUCAUUAGGGUUGAGGAGACGACUGGGUGGCUCAGCAGGACCUCCCCCAGAUGUUCAGCUGGAUUCUCAGCUUAGGGGAGGCAACUCCAUUGACAACAACUAUCCAUAUGAUGUAACUGUGACAAGACGAGAGACGGAGGGCUUCGGCUUUGUCAUCAUUUCAUCGGUGACAAAAGCGGGCUCCACCAUAGGUGAGUUCAUCGGUCGUAUUCUUGAAAACAGUCCAGCAGAAAGAUGCAAUCGACUUCACGUUGGAGAUCGCAUUCUAGCAGUGAAUGGACGUGACAUCUCACUGACUCAUCACGAGGACAUUGUUAACCUAAUUAAGGACUCCGGCUACUCCGUCACCCUCACUGUUGGACCACCAUUAGAUGAUGCGUCCAGCACUGCUUCAACAUCACAACGAGCUGAAAGUAAUUAUGAUGUCGUCAAGAGCUCACAAGGUUCUAUGAUUAACGCCAUGGCUUACCCAGCAGUCAGCGAGAGUGAUCUAUCCCGUAGGUCAGAGUAUUCACCGUCUCAUUAUCAAGGCCCAGGUGACAGAUAUGCCCACCCUCCAAUGCAGAACGAUCGACCCAAAGACCUCCCUCGCACAAGACCAUAUGGACCACCUGAUCCAGAGGAGGAGGACGAGUUUUAUACUGUUGAGUUACAUCGAGGAUCUCGGGGAUUUGGGUUCUCGAUACGGGGCGGGCAGGAGUUUAACAACAUGCCCUUGUUUGUGCUUAGGAUAGCAGAGGGUGGGGCUGCAGACCUAGAUGGUAGACUACGGGUUGGAGAUCAAAUACUGGACAUCAAUGGAUACAAUACUGAGAACAUGACACAUGCUGAGGCCAUUUCCUUGAUACAGAGUGGAGGGUCACAUGUCCGUAUGCAUGUUAAGAGGACAGGGAAGCCCCCUCCCAACUACGGUAAACCAACUCCUUCACCAAAUACUACCCGCCUGCCACCAGGUGUGUCCCUGGCUAAUGGCCCAAUUGGACACAGUUCACCACAUGUGAUGCGCAGGGGUGUGGAAAGGGAUGACUACUAUUACAGCAACAGUUAUGUGCCAAGCCGCCACCCUCCACCCCCUGCUGCUAGGCAGUACCCAAACUACUGACUGUGCGCCUCAUCCAACUGCAUUAAUUUCUAACAGGCCAGUCAUCUUUGGCGUUCCUGGUCCACCCAAAUGUGUUCAGAGUGCUUUGUUCCUGAUACAAUGCAAUAAUCAACUAAAGGAGCACAACAAUGAGAUGGAAUUGGCCGGUGCUGGUCCAGAGUAUUUUUUGCUUUGCAGAGAAAAGGUACAUCUAAAAAAAUUCUCCACAUAGAAAACAGUAGUUUUCAGUCAUCACACGAGUGUCUUCUGUCACAGAUGUAGUAGUUGAUGAAAGUAAAUGCAUGUUCAUCCACAAGAAUGUGAAAAUAUCUUGGUGUUUUACAGUCUUCAAGAGAUCUGUGCAAUUGCAUGACAUUGGCAGGAAGUGAAAACAGGAUCUUAGAACCAAGCCAGAUAGCUCUGGUAACCCACUGAAUUCAGUGGAUACUUGUAAAUGUCCAAAGCUUUGCAUGCAAUCCUUGUGUGUCGAGCCAAAUCAGGGAAUUCGUCCAAGUUUUAAUCAGGCAAGUCGGGUGUAUGUAAACAUGUGAUAGUUGAAGAUCAUAUCAAACGAAUCCUGGACUGUUGUGAUCUGGUGAAACAGACAGUAUUAUUCACGAAGAAAAUGGAAUAUGGCCAAGGGUCCAGUUUAUCAAUAUUUAUGAUGUGUUGCAAGUUACUUGUUUUGCUAUAUGUUGUCCAUGAAGAAAGACUUUGUUCAGUGUAGCAAGCAUCUCAUCUUGGCUUGUUAGUCACCAGUACAGAGAUGUAAUACAUGUAAAAUAUACCUUGAUUACCUUAUCAAGGAUCAGUAUCUGCAUUUAGUCAUUUUAAUUAGUUGGGUUUUAGAUGAGUUGGUUAUAAAACAUAACAGAAUUUAUAAAAACCAAAGUACUAUUGAUCAGAUAUACCUUUACGAACGUCCAUCAUCUCAGACAUUUUGUGCUUUUAGUGACAACUAACAGACUGCAAUUUUCAUGGGUGACGACCAUUUUCAUUUGGUGAUAAAUGUAUCUUUUAUGGCUUUGCCACAUAUCCAAUACAGAAAUGCUGUGUCGUCCAGGCUGUAAUUGGAGCUCUUGUGUGAUUUUAAAAUGUAUUCAGUAUCGAAGUCCAGCGUUGUAUAUAACACUGUUACAUAUACAUUACAUUGUGAUAUCAGCAUCUUGUUAUUAAUCAUUUAUUUUAUAUCGAAUCAAAUUAUGCACAGUUUCAGCAGCUUUAUAUGGAUUUUACUGCCGCUCCGAACUUUUUUUGUGUCAUGAAAUGUGUGCAUGUGAAGCAUGACUAGCGUGACUAGACAGUUUCAUUCAUCAUUGAGUAUGCAUGUCUGGUGAAAACAAAUCAUUCUCUGGUUUCUAUUACCUGUUGUGUGUUUUAGAGGUUAUGCUUCAAUUUCUUAUAGAUUUUUCUCACUGUCACUCAUAUUAUCGUGUACAUUUUACUCCAGAGCCAAUAGUUUAGGCAGCUGCCACUAGUGGGCAUGAACCUGAUGAGUAAAUGUAUAUUUUAAACUAUAUAUAUGUAUCAUAAUAUAUAUAAUGUGAGAUUUUAUUAGUGUUAAUUUCCAUUUUAUUCGCCAAUCUUUCUUUGUAUUUUGACAACACAGAGGUUGAACAUAUGAAAUUUGUACACAGGGUAAGGUACUGGGUUUCUGGAAUAUCUUAUUAAUACUUUGAAAUUAAAUUAAAAAGAAGUGGUCUUGAUGUAUUUGAACUCGGAUCAGAUUUGUUUUAUUUCAGUUCAAGUGUAUAUUUCUACACAAUUUCUUGUUACUUGAUUGCUUAAUUUCUGUUGACCUACUGUCUGAAAGGUGUGACAUUUUCUGAAAGGGCCAAUGCUUCCAGUACUCUUUGUUGUUUUGGUAUACAUCAAGCGUUUUCUUAGGAUUUUUUUAGUAUCUGAAUUUAACUUUUAUUUCUCCUUUAACAACUAGCAAAUGUUUUAGCAUUGAUUUUAAUGUGUGGAAUAUUCAAUUUAUUGCAGUUGACAGAAAUUUUGGGUGAUUCUGAAAAAAAAAGAGGCAUGUUCUGUUGAAAAGUGAUCCUGUAGUAUAUCUUGUUACUCUUCAGAUUUCUUAAUUGUUGUGCAUAAGGCAAAGGAUUUCAGUUGAAGUGAAUUUCUCCCUUAUAUAGUUCAUAAGGAUAUUAAAUUAUAAAAUAUCACAACAGACCUUAACAUAAAAAGUAUCAGGAUGAAGUGAAAAUAGCCAGUACAGUAUUUUAUACUGAACCAGGGUCUUUCUGUUGUAUAGAUAUUCAACAAAUAAGCAACAUGUCACGUGCUAUCAAGAUUACAUUGUGUCCUGCUAAACCAUUGUUUCAUUGUUAUCAACUUAACAAAAAACUGUACAAAUGUAGGACCAAAAGAAAGAAGGAAACACCCUGGGUAAUAUUCCUCAUAUCUUCACUAUACUCAGUACCACCAACAAAUGUCCUCUGUAAGCAACAUGAAUGGUUUGGCAUUGUUAGCUUUUAUGCCAAAGCCUAUAUUUUCUAGUGUCAGAAAUAUUGUUCCUACAUAGAACAGAAAGGGUUCUCCAUGUGUGUUAAAUAAAGGAAUAUUGUCUAUAUAUGACCAGUCAUUGUUUUGUAUUAAACUGUUAAAUAAACUAACCAUAUUAUAUUAUCAAUAUUA